AUGGCUCUGGAAGGACCAUAUUUCAUCUUGGUAUGGCUUGCAACUUUAAAGCCUCACCCGGGUGGUCAGACGAUCCGGAUUUCCUUUUCCAACCUUUUCAAGGAAUUUAAAUCUACCGCCACCUGGUUGCAGUUUCCAUUUGUGUGUGGAGCAGUGAAGGGCUCUGUGUAUGACAGCACAGCACAGACUGCAAGGCACGAUUUGGUAGGUCCAGCACCCACUGGCUCUCGGUGGACCUGUCUUAUGUUGGACGUACAGCACAUUCUGUCCCUGUACACGAGCCAUAGGUACAGUCACCUUAGGAGUGUCAAACUGUGCUCCAACCUCCUUGUGAAGAACCUGAUGACCAGUGAUUUGCUUUUUAACCCUGAGGUCUCUUUCAAUGAGGCACGGCACAACAAGCCUCUCCCUGAAGGUGUUAACCCCAUGCCUCGUGAGAUGGCAUUUCCGGUACCGAAAGGAGAGAAAUGGCACGAUCUGUACGACUUCAUCAGGUUUCCUUCAGGUGGUUCCAAACUACCAUAUGAUUCAAUUCAGAAAGGACAGUCUAUCUCUGUACAGUCUGGAUCCAAUAUGCCACGUAGUCCGACCCGUGAACUUCCUCGCUCGGUCACCAUCAGCAAACCUGUGCAGGAUAGAGUGUCUCUAAUUCAGCAGAUCACCUCUCCCAGACGGAUGCCACGUCGCACCCCACUACAAACAGACUCUAUUCCAGAACAUCACCUGUUUGUGUACAAGAGCACAGAAGAGGAUGACAAGGAGCAAACUAAUAGCACUCACAGAUUGGGGGAAGAUUGUGGAAUACAUGUUUAUGCACACAAGGGUAAAACCCUCACCAUCCACAGACCAAGCACAGACUCUGAACAAGUGAUUUGCACUAAAUCUAACAGACCAGAAACAUUCUCCACAUCUGUGGUUUCCACCAAAUCUAAUAAACCGGAGACCUUCUCCACCUCGGCAGUGUGCAAAAAUCUUCUUCCAGAUCCAAUCCUGAAACUUAGACGUGUUAUCGGCUUUGGUGGAUGCACCAACCGUUGCGCUCUCUGGACUCACACAGGAUGCUCUGUAGUGUAUCCCUGUCAUGCAGUUAUUGUAGUUCUAAAAGUCGAAACUGGAGAACAGAGGUUUCUUUUGGGGCACACAGACAAGGUAUCUUCCCUGGCCUUUAAUGGCAGCUGUACACUACUGGCAUCUGCACAGACGGGCACACUCAGCAUGAUUCGACUUUGGCACUUUCAAAAGGGCACCUGUCUUGCUAUGUUCAAAACUCAUUCUCAUUCAGUCUCAUGUCUAAGCUUUUCACACAGUGGUUCUGUUUUGUGUGGCGUGGGAAAAGAUGGACAUGGAAAGACGUUGGUUGUUGUGUGGAACACAUCUCAGGCUAACCGUGGAGGAGAGGUGACCGUACUGGCGAAGGCUCACACAGAUGUGGAUAUCCAGACCAUGAAAAUAGCUUUUUUUGAUGACACAAGGAUGGUGUCAUGUGGCAGGGACAAUGUGCGUCUCUGGAGGGUUCGCAGUGGGUCUCUUCGCUCCUGCCCUGUAAAUUUAGGGGAUUACCAUACACUUGAGUUCACUGAUUUGGCAUUUGAAGUUGGUCACUCUCCUGAGAGAGAGCUAGAAGACAGGACACUCUUUGUGUGUAGUCGGAGUGGGCACAUUUUGGAGAUAGACUACAAGAAUGUGGUUCUUAACAAUGUAAGGCGUCUACAACCAAGUCAGCCUCAACAUAGUGAGCGCAGAGAAAAACAGACCUUUGCUACAGGUCCUGGCAUUGCCGUCAACUGUCUCAGCAUUUCUGCCACAUUCUGUGCUACCGGCUCUGAAGAUGGCUAUCUGCGACUGUGGCCUCUUGACUUUUCUGGGGUCUUUCUGGAAGCAGAACAUGAAGGUGCUGUGAGCUGUGUUUCUAUUAGCCCAGAGGGUCUACGUGUCCUGUCUUGCACCAGUAGUGGAGAACUAGGAGUCCUUGAUGUGCCCUCUAGAGGUUACCAGACCCUAAUGCGAUCUCACACAGACUCUCUUCUUGCUUUCUCCACCCAUCCUUCCAGUUCUCAGCUUGCUACAGUCUCCAGCGACAAAACAAUCCGAAUUUGGGAUAUGAAUUCUUUACAACAGCUAUAUGAUUUCACAGCCAAUGAGGAAACCCCAUGUACUGUGGUCUUUCAUCCCAUUUGUCAGGCCCUCGCCUGUGGAUUUAGUAGUGGGGUGGUGAGGUUUUUUGACAUUACUAGUACAACUCUGCAGGCAGAACACAAACAGCAUAGAGGAGAAAUCACUGGCCUCCACUUCUCUCCUGAUGGCGGUCUGAUGUACAGCACAUGCGCUUUAGGCUCAUUAGCGCUGUACAAUAUUGCCCAGAGGGAGCAGCAUGUCCUGCGGGUGCUUGGGAACGUGGUGUGUAAGGAUUCCGAGAGGGGACCUCAGGCUUUGUCUCUGAGCCGUAACGGUCGACUUCUUGCUUUUGUUGGCCCCUCUGAGUACACAGUGACAGUCAUGGACGGCCGUACAUUGGAUGAGCUACUGCGUGUAGAUGUAAGUAUCUUGGAUUUAGAAAGCACAAGUUUGGAUAGUGCAUUGAGCCUAGCAUUUUCUCCUCUUCAUCCAUACCACCUGCUGGUGACCACAUCUGGCAAUAAGAUUCUGUGGCUGGAUACAAAGACUGGCCGUCUUGUAAAGGAAAUGACACAUAUACAUAAGCAGUACUGCUCCGCUCUAGCUCUCAGUGACAAUGGCAGGUAUCUUCUUACCGCCGGGGAAAGAGUCCUCAAAGUAUGGGAUCAUCGGAUGGCAGAGAUUGCUCGUCCUCAGGCUUUCAUUGGUCACUCUGAAGCCAUACAGCAAGUGGAUUUUUCCCCUGACCAACAGUGUGUUAUCAGUGCUGGCGAUGUCAUUUUUAUUUGGGACUUCCUGGCCGCUCCAGAUUUUGAAGUUGUUGUUUCAAACACUGCUCCAUAUCUGCCAGCUGCUCUUCACUCCAGUGCAGCAGACGCUAGCCUAGAGAAUCGGAGAGAUUCUACUUUCAUCACUAACGGGAUGCCACGUGGUACAGCCCCUCGACCAUGCAUCUCCUCACCACCCUGUCUAGACAUUAGCCCUGUGCAGUGUAAGGACCAUGCAGAUCUCUUUUCAGAGUCUGAUGAGGGAGAACAGGCGAUGGAUAAAAUUAUGGAGGAUCAUUGUACAGAGGAGAUGGGUAGAGGGGGUGCUGUAGCUAGCGAUGGAAACUCCUCUCUUGUCAUCAUAGAAUGUCAGUCUAACAGAAAUCAACUUCCUUUGGUCAUCAAGGGGGGCAGCACUGGUCAAGGAGAAGUGAAGGAAAAAUUUGCCAAGACAGCCAUGCGUCCUGACUCCUACACACAUUUUAACACUCGGUUUAAAACAUCCUGCUUAGCCAAGACAAUGUGUCUACCACCGGACGGUCAGGAGAAGAUAACACUGAAAGCAGUGAUUGGAUACAAUGGAAAUGGAAGAGGAAAUAUGGCGUGGAACCCGGAUACAGGUUUUUUCGCAUAUACCUGUGGCUGUGUGAUUGUGGUGGAGGAUCUGCACUCAGGAUCACAGCGCCACUGGCUGGGGCACUCAGAGGAAAUUUCAACCCUGGCAGUGACCAAUGAUGCCUUGUUUCUUGCCUCAGCCUCUGGGUCAGGUGAUGGUUCGUCGCUCUGUCAGAUUCGAGUUUGGGACACCCAAGAUGGAGUGUGUAUUAAGAUACUGCAGCAUCACUGCACUGAGAUUCAAGCCAUGAGCUACUCCAGAGAUGAUCGUUUGCUCAUUACAGUAGGUGACUACAGAGAUUGCCGACUCUGUUUAUGGAGUACUAAGAAUUAUGAGCUCUUGGCAAGCAGUCACUUGUCCCAACCAGUACAUGCAGUCACCUUCAACCCAACACACGCUGACAGUUUUGCUUGCGUUGGCACAGUGGGCGUGAGCUUCUGGAGAAUAGAGGAACAAGGGACUGAUGCUACAAUGAAGGUAUAUAGAGCCCCACUUCCAGAUGAGGUCGGACCAGCAGAACUGACGUCUAUCACAUACAACUCAACGUCCCUACUAUACAGUGGCUGCAGUACCGGUCAAGUGUGUGUAUGGGACGCCCAGACCCACCGAUGUUUUAUGACAUGGGAGGCAGAUCAGGGAGAGAUUGGUGUUCUCCUGUGUAGAGGGAACAGGCUACUGACCGGCAGUAACACUCGCAAGAUCAGACUCUGGUCUGUGGCGGCUGUGCAGGAACUGAGAGAAAAGGGAUCAGGGGCUAGCUCUAACUCUGUGCUUAUGGACCAUGAGAUGAUGUUGGAUGGUGCUAUUGUUAGUGCUUCAUUUGAUGAUGCCCUGGAAAUGGGUAUAGUGGGCACCACAGCUGGUACACUGUGGUAUAUAAACUGGGUGGAAAACACCAGCAUCCGACUUAUCAGUGGACACAGGAACAAGGUGACAGAUCUGGCAGUAGGUCCUGGGGAGAGUCAUUGUGCAACAUGCGGAGAGGACGGUAGUGUUCGUGUCUGGUCACUUCACAGCUGUGAGCUGCUCCUGCAGUUUCAAGUCCUUAAUCAGAGCUGUUUGUGUCUGGCCUGGAGCCCCCCAACAUUAUCUGGCUCCUCCAAGGAGGGACAGAGAAUUGCUGCUGGAUAUAGUGAUGGGACCAUCCGCAUUUUUAGUGUUUCUAACACUGAGAUGGAAAUGAAAAUACAUCCACACCCAUGUGCCGUGACCGCCAUUUCUUUUUCGGCUUCUGGGGAGGUUUUGAUAUCUGGUGGAAAGGACGGCCUAAUGGCAGUCAGCAGUCCACGUACAGGAAUGACCAUCAGAGUGUUAAAUGAUCACAAAGGAUCACCCAUUACAACCAUUCAGUGCACACACAGGAAGCCAGUAGACCUUGGUCUUGAAGGAGAAGAGCUGUGGUUGGCUGCCAGUUCAGACAGACGUGUGAGUGUCUGGACUUCCCAUUGGACAAAAGAUAGAUGUGAGCUGUUAGAUUGGCUGAGCUUUCCUGCCCCAGAAAGUCCUACGGAGCUGGUCUCUUCCAUUCCAAGCGUGGCAGCAUUCUGUCCAUGGGAGCCUGGCACUGUGAUAUAUACUGGAUUUGGCACAGAGAAGGAAGUUCUAUUCUACAGCCUAGUUCAGAAGCAGGUCCUGCAAAGGAUACCUCUUUCUUACUUUGCAACAUCACUGGGACUCUCUCCUGUGGACCAAAUCCUUAUUGUUGGCAGCAAUGAACGGUUUCUGCGUUUAAUUAAUACCCGCGCUGGCACCCAGCAGGACUUUGUAGCCCAUGACGAUUGCGUACAUCUCUGCAAAGUGUCUCCUGCGGGAAAUCUCCUCUUUACAGCCUCUUACAAUCAAGUGCUUAUUUGGGACAUGCACAAUUCAUAAUACUUAGUGGCCCACAAAGCUCUGAGUCUGAGACACGUCUUUGUCUGCAAUGACUUAUUGACACAAAGCAACGUGGGACACAUACACCCUAUCCUCUUUUGCACUAUUUAUCAGAAUUAAGUGCCUUUUAUUUAGUUGGAGAACAGAAUUAUAGAUUAAUAGAAUUUGUACAUUUUAGUUUGGGAUACAUUUUUAAUCAAAUGUUUUAAUUUUGAAACAUCAAUUAUAUUGCACAGUGCUCCGAUUCCAUAUCCCAUGAAUUAAGCUGCUCCUUGUAUUUGUUUGUAAAUAUACUUUUUUUAUGAGAUUGAGUUUUGUAACCAAAAAUUUGCAUUUGUUUCUGUUUUUAUUUUGAUAUAUUUUAUAAACAAACUUUUUUUUUAAA